UGCUUGUGAACCUCACCAACUUAAAGAUGAAUAUAUUCAAUUGGAUGAUCUUUUAUUUGAAAAAUCAUUUUUUGAACAUGUUGAAAUUCAACAAUAUCUUCUAAAUGAAGCUAUAGAACGGUACCGAUUUAUAAAAGAGUUAUAG